CCCGCUGAAGCGUUGCGACAGAGAGGUCUAGAACGACAUGACUGAAGAAAAUAAUAAUACGGCAGCAACAGUUACCGACCAAACGGAGCAUAGCAACAUCAUCACCAUACAAGCAACGCUCGGAGAAGAAGAUGAAGAUGUUCAUAAAUGCGGGAGGUGUUUGGGGGAGUUUUCCGCUCUGGAUGUUUUCAUACAACAUAAACUCAGAAGAAGCUGCAAGCGUCCUCUGCUUGAUCAACAGGUAAAUGCUGAGGCUGAAGGAGGUGAGGUGAGGAGAAGUGAAAAUGGAUGUUCGUCUGAUGAAGCCGAGGCCAACACAGAUGAGGUGGAUAAAAGUAGAUGUACUGAAAAGAGAAAGAGAAGCCGCUCGGCAACAGAGGAUGAGAGCUACAGCCCCACUAAACUGGUUUUGACGUUAAACGCAGAAGGACGAUACAUCUGUAACAUAUGUGAUAAGACCUUCAAAACGACAAAUAUUCUGAGAACUCACAUGUUCACACACACCGAUCAAAAGGACUUUAAAUGUGAAAUAUGUGGGAAUGCUUUUAGAACCAAGGGCUCGUUGAUCCGACACAAACGACGACACACAGAUGAGCGUCCGUACCGUUGCAAUCAGUGUGGUUUGGCGUUUCGAGAGUCCGGAGCCCUGACGAGACAUCUGAAGUCGUUGACGCCUUGCACUGAGAAGAUUCGAUUCAGUCAGUGUAAAGAGAUACUUGUAGGCAUGGAUGGAGCUCGGAAAGAAAUCCAGCCGUCACCUCCUGACCCUGAGAAGGAGCAGCUUCCUGUGUUGAGUGUGGUCGAAGCAGGCGAGGAGAUCAUUCAGAUCCAGGUGGUGGAUGAGAACGGACAGGUGCAACCGGUCAUGUCCCAGCCUCAGACCGCAACAGUGGUCGAAGCCGACAAUCUAAUCUGCCAGGCCAUUAUCAACUCGGGCAUCGCCCUGGAGACCGAGGCCACAGAGGCGGCCGAGCAGGCAGAGGCGCGGUCACCUAAAGUGCUCCCGCAGGGUCCUGAGGCUGAAACCAGACUUACUGAGAUUCAGGUGACGGAAGAGUGUGUGGAGACUGUGACCGAAGAGAUGCUGGAGACUUCUGGGAAGGAAGGGGAGUUGUCUGAUCCCAAACUAUACAAAUGUCCCCACUGUGAGCGCAUGUUUAAGACAUUGGCAUACCUGAGGGUUCACGUCAAAGGGCAUGUUGGAUACAAACCGUUUAAGUGCAUAAUGUGUCACAAGGAGUUCCUGACAGGUUACUUGCUGAAGAAACACAUGGAGAUGCACAUCAGCGAGAGGCGCUACAAGUGUGGAGAGUGCGGCAAGCUGUUCAAAGCCAUCGGACACGUGCGGGAACACAUGAGAGCUCAUUCGGACGAGAGGCCGUAUCACUGCAGCUUCUGUGACAAGAGCUACAAGACCAAGAAUGCCUUGCAGGUGCAUCAUCGUACCCAUGGGGACGAAAAGCCGUACGUGUGCCCGCACUGCUCCCGUGGCUUCCGAGAGAAAAGCGCUUUGGUGCGUCAUAUCCGACAUCAUACGGGAGAAAAGCCAUUUAAGUGCUCGAACUGUGGGCGGGGCUUUGCCGAGCACGGCACUCUGAACCGACACAUACGGGCCAAAGGAGGUUGUUUCGCUGCGCAGCGGAAGGACUCUGAACAAACAGGAAGCUCUGAGGAGCAGGAGAUGGCGACAGAGAUCGACGGCACCACAAUUAUAUCAGACGACCCUCACGCUGUCCUGGUGGAGUUCUCCUCAGUCGUGGCUGACACUCAGGAAUACAUCAUAGGGUCAUCAGCUGAGGAAGAAACCCACGGAGAGGCCGUAACAAUAAUUCAAGACAAUCAGCAGCAGUUGGACAGCAACAUCAUGAAGGUCGUGCAACAGAUCGUCAGUCAAUCGCACGGAAGCCACCAGAUUAUCGUUCGAAACGUGGCUGUCGACGAGUCCCCCAGCGUGUCCGACUGCGGGGACACGAUCACCAUCGCCACGCCCGAGAGUUUGACCGAACAGAUGGCGAUGACGCUCGCAAAUGCUAUUAGCGACGGCACCAUCCUCAGUUCUGCCACAGAGGGCGCCGUCAACACGCAUCAUACCACGGUUACCAUGGUAACAGCUGAGAACAUUGAUACAAUCGAACAGGAGGAGCAAUACGUCAUUGCUUCGCCUGAAGAAAUGGAAGUUCAGACUGUUGUGGUAGUGUGAGACGUGAGUUUGUUACAUGAAACAGCCGUGAUGUUGCCUUUUUUCUUUUCUGGAAGGCCUUAUUCUACAUAGUGCUACACGUGUAGUGCACUUAAGAUGAGCACAUUUUUGUGCUGUGCUGGUGGACAACUUUAUGUUUGGGUUUUAAAUGUUUCCUUUCAUUGAUGCAGGUUUUACUAGGCAACAUGUACUGAACUGAAAUUAAUUUAUACGACGUUUAUACGACGUCCUUUUCGCCUGCGUCAUGUUGCAAGGCGUAUACUUGUAUUUGCCUAUUGUCUAUAUUCAUCAUGACUUCAUAACAUGUAUGACGUAUUGCCGCCAAUAUCACGACCCUUAGGAAACGUGGCAGGGAAUGUAAAAUGUAAAAUUGUAAUAUUAAAAAUAUUUUUAUGUAUUUUUUCAAA